UUAAGCCAGGGGAGGACAUUUUGGGAACCUGAAAAGCUAUUCAGUUGGUCAUCUCCGCAAAGCACGCACAGCGGAGAAGACCGAAGACACCAUUUCUCAGCAGUCAUCACGCGUACAAACACCGCCAACGCAACAGUGACCACCACAUGUCUGCCACUCCAUUACCACCAUCUCUUCCCUCUUCUUCCACCGGUGCUACGAACAAAAUCCUAAAUUCCUCUUCACUCCUCCCGAAACUCCCAGACAUUCAAAUUCAACAAUCUCUGAGACACAAGACUUCAAUUCGAUGCGAGCUCAGGAGCUUCGAGAGUUCUCCUAAGUGGACCGUUGAUUGCGUCUCGGGAAGCGAUCCGAUUCACAUUAUCCUCACUCCUCCACCUACUCCGUUCUCUAUGGUCUCCUCUGUGGCGUUGGAUUCAAAUGUGAGGAGUUCUAAGAGGGUUUGCCUCUUUUACUGUGCAGAAAUGAAGGAUCUCGCUGAGAGGAUUGCUGCUGAAUCUGACGCCAUUGAACUUCGCAGCAUUACUUGGAGGACAUUUGAAGAUGGAUUCCCCAAUUUAUUCAUCUCUAAUGCUCAUGGGAUUCGUGGACAGCAUGUUGCUUUUCUUGCUUCAUUUAGUUCUCCAGGAGUAAUUUUUGAGCAACUCUCAGUUAUAUAUGCACUGCCAAAGCUUUUUGUCUCCUCGUUCACACUCGUCCUUCCUUUUUUCCCCACGGGCACCUCUGAGCGCAUGGAGGAGGAAGGAGAUGUUGCGACAGCUUUCACCCUUGCUAGGAUCUUGUCAAACACUCCAAUUUCAAUGGGGGGACCCACUAGUCUAGUGAUUUUUGAUAUCCAUGCCUUGCAGGAAAGAUUCUACUUUGGUGAUAAUGUUUUACCUUGCUUCGAGAGUGGGAUACCUUUGCUUAAGAAUAGGCUUCAACAACUCCCUGAUUCUGAUAACAUAUCUGUUGCUUUUCCUGACGAUGGUGCAUGGAAACGGUUUCAUAAGCAGCUGCAGCAUUUCCCAAUGAUUGUUUGUGCCAAAGUAAGGGAAGAUGAUCAGCGAAUUGUACGCAUUAAGGAGGGAGAUCCUAAAGGACGUCAUGUAGUGAUAGUUGAUGAUCUUGUGCAAUCAGGUGGCACCCUGAUUGAGUGCCAGAAAGUGUUGGCCAAACAUGGAGCAUCAAAAGUAAGUGCCUAUGUGACGCAUGGAAUAUUUCCCAAUAGGUCAUGGGAGCGCUUUGAACAUGAUAAGGGAGGGUGUCCUGAGAAUGGGUUGACCUACUUCUGGAUCACAGACUCCUGCCCAAGGACAGUGAAGGAAGUGAAAAACAAAGCCCCCUUUGAAGUCCUUAGCCUGGCCAGUUCCAUAGCAGCUACACUUCAGAUUUAACCAUUGGUUACUAACUCAAGUAGUGGAAAUUGUUGGUUUAUUCUGUAUGUGUUCUCACCUUUCGACGAGUCCGCAAAUAUAGAGACACUGAAGCUGAAGUUGAAGCUUUUUGAGGCGGCUAUAGUUGUAUUCUUUUAUGUAAUAAAGCUCAGAUAGCACUUUGAUAAAUUAGCAAGAAGAUUUAGGAGACACCCAAUAAGAUUCGACUUGUAAGGAAAAUAUGUACAGCAUCCCUUUGGAGUCUCUAUAUUCCAGCAUUGAGGAUUUUUUUUUUAAAUAAUGAUGAUCUGUAUGAUCUUUUCUCUUGAAGCACUAUUAUAUAAUUGGAAAAU